AUGGCUACCGAACAACCGCUUGCACCAUCGGUGAGCGCAUCCGCGACUGGCGACCCGGAGAAGACGAUGCAUGAGCUCGAGCAGGCCAUGAGUAAUUCAAAGCUGCAGAAUACAAGUUUUGUGCCUGACCCUGUGGUAGAGAAGACCGAGGUCUCUGGGAACGCGGAUGGUGCUGUGGCCGGUACAGUAACUAAUGGUGCGGCGGUAACAAAUGGCACUGCAGAGAAGACGGAACCGGCUUUCGACACGACCUUGCCACUGUCGUCAAAGGAUGGUCCCGUCAAGACACCGCUGCGAGCACCUCUCGAGUCCAGCAAGCCCAAAGUGCGACCCGAGUUGACCACUGAUCAGCAAGAGAAGUACAACAAGUUCUUGGCUACGGUCGAGGCAUGGACAGAGGUACCUAAUUCACUGGAAGCCGGCGCAUCAAAAUCUCCCAUAGAAGAACAUGAACGCAUGUACAUGACACGAGACUGUCUGCUCCGCUACCUCCGCGCAGACAAAUGGAACCUCUCCGCCGCCGAGACACGAUUACGCAACACGCUUUCCUGGCGCCGCGAAUUCGGCGUCGACACGAAGCUCACACCCGAGUACAUGAGCAUCGAGAACGAGACCGGCAAGCAGCUGAUCGUUGGUUGGGACAAUGAAGGCAGACCGUGUCAGAUCAUGCGGCCGAGCAAGCAGAACACAGAGCGUGGACCACGUCAGAUCGAGCACUUGGUGUUCAUGCUGGAGCGCAGCAUCGACCUCAUGCCCGCCGGACAGGAGACGUUGACAUUACAGAUCAACUUUGCCGAGACCAAGGCUGGGCAAGGCGCGACGCUGGCUCAGGGGCGGCAGACCUUGUGGAUCUUGCAGAACCAUUAUCCUGAGAGGCUGGGAAGGGCAUUGAUCACGAAUGUGCCGUGGAUGAUCUGGGGAUUCUUCAAGCUGAUCACGCCGUUUAUCGAUCCGUUGACUAAGGAGAAGAUCAAGUUCAACGAGGACUCGAAGGUGCAUGUGCCGCCUGAGCAGCUGCUGAAGGAGUGUGGUGGUUUGGUGGAGUUUGAGUAUGAUCACGCGCAGUACUGGCCGGCGCUGAACAAGCUGGCGGAGCAGAAGAGGGCGGAGCGGAAGGCGAGGUGGGAGAAGGCGGGGAAGCGGGUGGGCGAGUAUGAGAACUACUUGAAGGGUGGGCAGGAAGAAUCUUUGGCGGAUAUUGAGAAGAAGAGUGCAGCGACAGCGGCAUAG